AGAGUUUUUCAGAUAUCACGCCUUCAAUCUAGGGUAUCCUAAACCCUAAUUUCCAAUCCAAAAUUCCCCCCAAAAAAACCCAGAAAAAUGGCGAAGAAGACAAUGGAAGUGAUGAAAGACGUCGAUGUAAAGAAAUACAUGGGUCGCUGGUACGAAAUCGCUUCAUUCCCAUCCUUAUUCCAACCGAAAAACGGAGCAAACACAAGGGCAACAUAUUCACUCAAAGACGACGGCGCCACCAUCAACGUUCUUAACGAGACUUUCACAGACGGUAAGAAAAGUUUCAUUGAAGGAAUCGCGUAUAAGGCAGAUCCUAAAAGUGAUGAAGCUAAGUUGAAAGUUAAGUUCUAUGUUCCUCCUUUCCUACCGUUAUUCCCUGUUGUUGGUGAUUACUGGAUUCUCUAUCUUGAUGAUGAUUAUCAGUAUGCCUUAAUUGGUCAGCCGUCAAGGAAAUAUCUUUGGAUUUUGUGCAGGGAGAAUCAUAUGGAUGAAGAUACAUUCAAUUUUCUGGUUCAGAAAGCAGUUGAAGAGGGUUAUGAUGUGAGUAAGCUGAAGAAGACAACACAUUCGGAUACUCCACCGGAAGGAGAUGAGAUUCCUAAGGAUACUAAGGGUGUUUGGUGGAUCAAAUCUCUGAUUGGGAAAUAGUUUUUAAAACUAAUGGGUAAGAAAAUGAAAUAAAAGCAAGACUAUAGUUGAUGGAUUUAUUUUCAUGUGAAAUGUUUUCUUUAUUAAUAUUUGUAAAUUACUGUUUAAGGGUGGACAACCAUGUGUGUUACUGGUUUAUUAUAUUGAUAUUUUAAGUUCUUUUGUUUGAUAGAUAUUGCAAUUUUAGUUUAUGGGU